AUGAUGCUGGCAGAGACUUUCUUAACAACCUCCGUUUCCGAUGACAUCCUACGCAUACAGAAUUACACCCUGGUCAGACGCGACAGGCCAACUCAUGGCGGAGGCUUAGCAGCAUAUGUAAGAGAUCAUCUCCGAGCCCGAAUUGUGAAGGCUGACACCCAGGUGGAAAUGCUCAUGUUAGAGGUCAGUGGGCAGCGUUCCAAGGUUCUCCUUGGUGGUGUGUACCGUCCUCCAGGCACUCCUGUGCAAUUCUGGCAAGAAUUGACGAAUGCACUAGACACUGUCAUCUCCACACUUCCCACAUCACCUCUGGUCCUUGUUGGAGACUUCAAUGUCGAUGUAAGCUCCCGCGACAGCCCCCAGCUAAACAGCUUGCUGCACCUGUGUAAUUCUUUCGACAUCAAGAACCAAGUGGACAGUCCUACCAGAAUUGGACCCCAAGGCAGCCAAACAACCCUGGAUCUCGCUCUGGUCGGAGACGAUCAUGUGAACUCUUGUGUCGUAGUACCUUGUACAAUCAGUGACCACUUCGCUCUGGCACUUGAUUUGCGACUCACAACGUCCUGCACACCGACCGUGCGACGUGGCCGUAACAUUGCAAGAAUUGAUAUGGGUCAAUUUGCACACCACCUUCUAAAUAGCGAUCUAGAGAACUUCUGCUUUGCGCGGACAGAAGAUGAAAUGUGGGAUAUGUGGCUGGAGAAACUUGUCGCGGCCUUGAACACUCAUGCUCCUAUCCGUCUACACCGCCCAAGAGCUCCUACCCGGAAAUCCUUCCCCUGGAAGACGCCAGCUCUACAUGACCUAGUCCAGCGACGUGACGCGGCCCAUCGACGGUGGAAAGCAUCACCUGCAGACCCGGCACUACGCAAUGUCUUCACUUCUGCCCGAGACGAAGCCAAGCGUAUGUCACGACAUCUCCGAGCCAUCUACUUUAGGGACCUUCUUGCUGCUAGUCAGGCCAACGCACGAAAAACCUGGCAGACCAUCAACUACCUCAGCGGUCGUAACAAGUCCUCAGUUCCACCAGCCGUCAGUGUCUCACAGCUCAGUGACCAAUUCAGCGGUGUUGUGUCAGACCCAACUAGACCACUACGUCUCUCAGCCACAUUGGGUCCCACGAAGAAGGAAUGCCUCGAAGAAUUUGCUCCAGCAAGUGUGCAAGAGAUCGCUAAGCUGCUCUCCAACAUCGACGUGCGCAAAGCUGCAGGCAGCGACCAGGUUCCAGCUGCAAUCCUCAAACACUGUUCUCCUGUCCUUGCACCGUCCCUCACCAUACUAAUCAAUGCAUCUCUGGCUUCUGGUGUUGUUCCUGCAUCUCUGAAGAUUGCGGAUGUUCGUCCCCUCUUCAACGCUAACGCAAUUACUGACUGGUGCAAGGACCGUGAGGUUGAGGUGCUCAAUUGCAGCAUUAGCGAAUCCCGGACCUUUGGCACAGCAUAUGCACGACUGACUGUCCUAGCGACGGAUGAAGGCAAAAUACUCAGUGCAGGAUUUUGGCCGGCAACAAUUAGCCACACCGUCCGUAAGUGGCGCUUUGCCGACGGUACCAAUGUGACGGAACGUGGUGGUGAUAGUUCCUCGUCAUAA